AUGUUGACGACAAACUGGGGAGAGGAAAGGGGCAUGAGUGUGGGUGAAAGCGAAAUCGGAGUAAGAUUGAAGGUUGACCUGGAUGCUUCCCAGUCAAAAGCUUCAAGUCUUGCCAGAUCAGAUAACCAAUUCUCCAUUCAAAUCCCAUGA